AGGGCAGCGAGGGGCGGCGGGCAGCGGCACCGGGCGGGGCCGGCGGCAGCGACCAUGAUCGCUUUGUUCAACAAGCUGCUGGACUGGUUCAAGGCCCUGUUCUGGAAGGAGGAGAUGGAGCUCACACUGGUCGGGCUGCAGUACUCGGGCAAGACCACCUUCGUCAACGUGAUCGCGUCAGGACAGUUCAAUGAGGAUAUGAUCCCCACCGUGGGUUUCAACAUGCGCAAAAUCACCAAAGGGAAUGUGACCAUCAAGCUCUGGGACAUUGGGGGACAACCCCGAUUCCGCAGCAUGUGGGAGCGCUACUGCCGAGGAGUGAGUGCCAUCGUGUACAUGGUGGAUGCCGCUGACCAGGAGAAGAUUGAGGCCUCCAAGAAUGAGUUGCAUAACCUACUGGACAAACCCCAGCUGCAGGGCAUCCCGGUCUUAGUCCUGGGUAACAAGCGGGACCUCCCAGGAGCGUUGGAUGAGAAGGAGCUGAUUGAGAAAAUGAAUCUUUCUGCCAUCCAGGACCGAGAGAUCUGCUGCUACUCCAUCUCUUGCAAAGAAAAGGACAACAUUGACAUCACCUUACAGUGGCUUAUUCAACACUCAAAGUCACGGAGAAGCUGAGACUGCAGUCCUUCCCCCUCGGACCAGGGACCUGCUGUCAUCCAAACCCGAAGUCGCGCUCCCCGCCCACCCCACCGUCCCCCAUAAGCCCGCCGCUCCUCACUCAGCGUGGGGAGGGGCCCUCUGGGGAUCCCAGAGUCCUGUUCUGCUGAGAUUUGAACUCCUGAUUUUAUUGUAAAAUAAACUGCUCCCAUUCUGGGCCCCCUAACCUUUGGCCCUCCCCCCUUCUCUCUGCCCUUUGCCCCCCCUGCUUCCGUUCCCUUAACAGCCCAGGCCCCACAGCCCCUGCCCUCCUCUCUCCCGUGUCCCGCCCCUACGCUGCCCUUUUCAACACUCUUCUGUUAUUGUCCUGUGUGUACAGUAUAUAUAUGUAUAUAUAUUUUAAUUUUUUAAUUUAAGCAAAGACUAAAAAUCAACCAUUUGAUGCUGCAGGGGCCCGUCAGGCUCUGGGAGGGGGGCGGUGUGGGAAGAAGGCAAGAGAGGCAGGGCUGGCUCCGGGCAGGUCGAGAUUGGGAAGGCGAGAGCUAGCAUCUGGGGCAGGUGCCAGCCUGGGCACUGGUGACCGUCCCCAUGUCCCGUUUGUUUCCACUUCCCAGUCUGGCUUAUCCCUGCCGUGCUUGAAUGUCACAGGCCGACAGGAGCCUCCAGAGGCGCCCCUCUCUGCCCCCAGUCUCAGUAGGGCCACUGGGCAUACCCGAAUGCCGGAGAGAUCACCGGCCAACAGGAAGCCAGCGUCCACAUGACCCCAGGAGCACGUCCCGCCCGCUCCCGGCUCCAGCUCCUGCCCCUUCCUAGGGCCCGCAACUCCAUGGGCCACCUCAUUUUCUGUUCUCGUUUUGCAGAGUUGCACAAGGAGAGAACUCAGCAUGGGGGGUUGGUUCUUUGGGUUUUGUUUUCUGUUCGUUUAUUUGUUUAAUUUAAUGAUUUAUAAAGUGAUGUUCCUCUUCCUUUUUUACACUUUUAGCUCAUAUUUAACCUCUGUUUGGAAAAUGAUUCUUGUAAUUGUACAUUUUUUUGCCUCCUAACAACAAGAAUAAAAUGACCAGUUUUGUGUUG